CUAAAGACUAAGAAAGCAGAGCCCAAUGUCGAUGACAGGUUUCUUAAUCAUCAGAUACAGAAGAAGAUGAAGGAAUAAAUCUUCUUGUGCCCGUCAAAAAAUGACUAAGAAACUCACAACCGACAAACUGCCCACGGAGCUUGACCUCGAUUCUUUCCUCAGUUUGCAUUCCGAAUCCGACGAUGACUCCACCGCCGUCCCUCACCGUUCACUCGAUGAAAUCCUCAAUGAUUCCGAUGCUUCCACGUCACCUUCUCCUACAUCUUCUCCGCUAUCAGUGAAAGCUCAGCAACGUCGUCUCUAUGAUUUUUCUGUCUCCCAGAAUGACGCCGUUUCAGAAGAUUGCACAGAAUCUCUGAAGCAAAGUCAAUCUCAGCUUUUGGGUGACAAGUCUGACCAAACACGACUCAAUUCAUUUACUCGAGCUAAGUCAGGAGGGUUUUCGGGUGAUCCGAUAUGGAGGGUUCCUUCUUCGUCGAGACCUUUGCCGUCCUUAUUCGGUGGGGUGAGAUCAAACGCGAAGCCCGGGGCGGCACUGGCGGCUGCAGCUGCGGCGUCUCGGUCGGUGCCUACUCCACAUGCUGCCGCGAUCAAAUCGAGGAGAGCCGUCAGUCUCCAGAAGGUUGUGGACACUGGAGAAUCGAGUUCCAUUGUUGGUGAUGAUCACGAGAUUGUUUCAAAUGCAUCCACCAGUGAUUCAAUUGGAGUUGCUACCGAGAGAACCGGGUCAGGUGAUAUAUUGGCAGAGGACAAUGACAAUAUAGGUGAUUUUCAAUGUGUUAUGGACGAUGAAAUUUCCACAAGAGAGGGGAGUUUGGAAAAUACAACUGGGGUUUUUACUAGUAAAGGUUUGGAAAGUGAAGCAGAAGCUGCAGUUAAAGUGGAAGAAUUAAGGGCCGAGCAAGAUCUGUUAAAUUCUAUUACUUCAAUCUCCAAUUCAACUGUUAACUUGGAUGAUGGCAUGAAAUUUUUUGGAAGUAAGAGAAAAGAUGAAACUAUCUCAUCUAUUUCUGCUGAUGAUGGUUCAAAGUUUUUGGAUACGAAUGAUUCUUACAAAACUGAUAUUCCGUCCUAUUCUUCUGGAGGAUUUGAUAAUGGUGGAAAUAAUGAGGCCGACUCAAUAAUGCUGGUCUUAGAAAAGGAAGAUAAUUUGGACAAAGAUACGGAGAGCUCUAAAGAUGAUGAGGCAGGUAUUGCGACUGGUGCUGGUGAUGAUAUCAGUUCAAUAAGUGACAUUUCAGAACUUGUAGAAGAGAGAAUUGGGCAGCUGGAAAGUGAGAGGAUUAGUAAAAGAGCAGAAGAGAAACUUAGAUCCAGUAUGAAGCCGCUUGAACUGGCAGAAGAACUUGAGAAGAAACAGGCUUCUACAGGUUUGCAUUUGGAGGAGGGUGCAGCUGCUCAGCCAAUGAAGCUUGAGGGUGUUCGAAGAGGGUCUACUACUUUGGGAUACUUUGAUAUUGACGCUAACAAUGCCAUCACACGGACCAUUUCAUCUCAAGCAUUUAGGCGAGAGCAUGGUUCUCCACAAGUUCUGGCAGUUCAUCUUAACUAUAUUGCAGUGGGAAUGGCGAAAGGCGUUAUAGUUGUUGUCCCAAGUAAAUAUUCUCCUUAUAAUACUGACAGCAUGGACGUAAAGAUGCUAAUACUUGGUUUACAAGGGGAUAGAUCUCAUGCUCCAGUAACUUCCAUGUGCUUCAAUCAGCAAGGGGACCUGCUUUUGGCCGGUUAUGGUGAUGGUCACAUUACUGUUUGGGAUGUCCAGAGGUCAUCGGCAGCAAAAGUUAUAACUGGGGAGCACACAUCACCAGUAGUACAUGCAUUAUUCCUAGGCCAAGAUUCUCAAGUUACUCGUCAAUUUAAAGCAGUUACUGGUGACAGUAAAGGUCUAGUUCUUUUACAUGCUUUCUCUGUGGUUCCCUUGCUUAACAGAUUCACCAUCAAAACACAGUGUCUUCUAGAUGGACAAAGAACAGGCACUGUACUAUCUGCUUCCCCCCUUCUUUACGAUGAAUCUUUUGGAGGCACUUUGCCUUCAUCACAGGGAAAUGCUUCACUUUCAUCCAGCAGCAUUGGUAACAUGAUGGGAGGUGUAGUUGGGGGAGAUGCAGGAUGGAAACUAUUCAAUGAGGGCUCUUCUAUGGUUGAAGAAGGUGUCGUCAUAUUUGUCACCCAUCAAACUGCUCUGGUGGUUAGGCUUACUCCCAGUUUGGAAGUAUAUGCACAACUCUCCAAGCCAGAUGGAGUGCGAGAGGGUUCCAUGCCAUAUACUGCAUGGAAAUGUACUACACAAUUGCACAGCUCAUCAUCUGAAAUUGUUACUACAGAUGCAGCAGAGCGAGUUUCAUUGCUUGCAAUUGCUUGGGAUCGGAAAGUCCAAGUAGCAAAGCUGGUGAAAUCAGAGCUGAAAGUAUGUGGAACAUGGUCUCUUGAAAGUGCAGCCAUAGGCGUGGCUUGGUUGGAUGCUCAUAUGCUGGUGGUUCUUACCUUGACUGGACAGCUUUACUUGUUUGCAAAGGAUGGUACGUUGAUUCACCAGACUAGCUUUGCUGUUGACGGUUCUGGAGGGGAUGAUCUUGUUGCAUAUCAUACACAUCUUAUAAAUAUCUUUGGCAAUCCUGAGAAGGCCUAUCAUAAUUGUAUAGCAGUCAGAGGAGCUUCUAUAUACAUAAUUGGACCCAUGCAGCUUAUUGUUUCCCGGCUUCUCCCAUGGAAGGAACGGAUUCAGGUUCUGCGGAGAGCAGGUGAUUGGAUGGGUGCCUUGAACAUGGCAAUUACACUUUAUGAUGGCCAAGCUCAUGGUGUUAUUGACCUUCCUAAAUCUAUGGAUGCUGUACAAGAAACCAUAAUGCCCUAUCUGGUGGAGUUACUACUGUCUUAUGUAGAUGAAGUAUUUUCUUAUAUUUCAGUUGCUUUUUGCAACCAAAUUGGAAAAGUUGAAAAACAAGAUGACUCGAAGAGUGGAAGCAGUUCUCUGCAUUCAGAAAUUAAAGAACAAUUCACUCGCGUCGGUGGUGUUGCAGUAGAAUUUUGUGUCCAUGUACGGCGGACUGACAUCCUUUUUGAUGAAAUUUUCUCAAAGUUUGUGGCUGUUCAACAUAGAGAUACAUUUUUGGAGCUUCUGGAGCCAUAUAUAUUGAGGGAUAUGCUUGGAUCCCUACCUCCCGAGAUUAUGCAAGCACUGGUAGAGCAUUACAGUAGUAAAGGGUGGCUCCAGAGAGUUGAACAAUGUGUCCUUCACAUGGAUAUAUCUUCCCUGGAUUUCAAUCAGGUUGUCAGGCUAUGUCGGGAGCAUGGAUUGUAUGGUGCCUUGAUUUAUCUUUUCAAUAAAGGAUUGGAUGAUUUCAGAGCACCUUUAGAGGAGUUGUUAAUAGUUUCACGAAAUAGUCAUGGAGACAGUGCUGCUGCCCUUGGGUACAGGAUGCUUGUUUAUCUGAAGUAUUGCUUUUCCGGUCUUGCCUUUCCACCAGGACAUGGAGCUCUACCUCCUCCACGCUUGGCAUCUCUGAGGACCGAACUUGUUCGGUUUUUAUUAGAGAAUUCCAGUGCCCCAAAUUCAGAAGUAGCUUCAGGCUGGUCAUCUAGAGGAACAUACCUGAAUCUAUAUCAUCUCUUAGAACUAGAUACUGAAGCUACUUUAGAUGUUCUGAGGUUGGCUUUUGUAGAUGAUGAAAAUUCAAAACCUGAAUUUUCUUUUCAUGAUAGUGCCAGUGCAAAUAUGGAGACUGAGCAAGAGAAUGUUACAAUAAUUGAAAGCCAGAAUUUAUUGGUUCAAAAUGCUAUAGAUGCUCUUGUUCAAAUCACUGAAAUAGAGGUACCCCAAAGAGCUGAAUCUACUGCUAGUGUUGAUGACUUGGUAUCAGUCAAAUUGUGGCCUUCAAUGAAGGACAUAGGGUACCUGUUUGAAUUCAUUGCAUCCCAUGUUGCAUGUAAAAAAGCUUAUGUUUCAAGCAGUGUGCUGAGUCAGAUUUUGGAGUACUUGACAUCAGAGAACGAUUUUUCAGCAAGUAUCCCCACACAUAUUAUCAGAACUUCAAAACAGAGAGAGAAGCAGGUUCUUGCCCUUCUGGAAGUGGUACCUGAGACUGAUUGGAACCUGUCUUAUGUCUUACAGCUAUGUGAGAAAGCAUGCUUUCAUCAGGUUUGUGGCUUCAUUCACAACAUAAGAAACCAGUAUGUCGCGGCACUGGACAGCUAUAUGAAAGAUGUGGAUGAACCAAUCCAUACCUUUGCCUAUAUCAAUGAUACAUUGACACAGCUAAGUGGUAGUGAACAGAGUGCUUUUCAAUCAGCUGUCUUGUCUCGGAUUCCAGAUUUGGUUGUCUUGAGCAGAGAGGGCACAUUCUUGUUGGUCAUCGACCAUUUUAAUAACGACAGUCCGCACAUUCUCUCCAAACUUCACUCUCAUCCAAAAAGUCUCUUUCUGUAUUUGAAGACCACAAUUGAGGUUUACUUGUAUGGAACUCUUGACUUUUCUCAUUUAACAAAGGAUGAUAGUGCAGCUGCAUUUAGCGGAAGAAGAAGGGAAGAUCGUUUGAAAGGACUUGAGGCUUACUUUGAGAGAAUCUCUGAUUUUCCUAAGUUCAUACGAAAUAAUCCCAUUCAUCUGACUGAUGAUAUGAUAGAGCUUUAUAUGGAGUUAUUGUGUCAGUAUGAGAGUCAUUCAGUUCUCAAAUUCCUAGAGACUUUUGAUAGCUAUCGAGUAGAACACUGUUUACGCCUGUGCCAGGAAUAUGGGAUAACAGAUGCAGCUGCAUUUUUAUUGGAAAGAGUUGGUGAUGUCGGGAGCGCUCUUUUACUUACACUCUCUGACCUCAAUGUUAAAUUUGCCGAGCUUGAUACAGCUGUGGAUGGUGUGAUUUCAAGUACAGCUUUAAGUGGCUCUACUGGCAUUGAUCAUUACAGCACUGUUUUAAAAAUGAAAGAGGUUGCUGACAUACACAGUAUAUUGAAUUCCUGUAUUGGAUUGUGUCAGCGUAACACCCCUCGUUUGCAACCUGAGGAAUCAGAGAUACUGUGGUUUAGAUUACUUGAUUCAUUCUGUGAGCCUUUAAUGGAUUCAUACGGUGAUAAAAGGUUAUUAAAAGAAAUUUGUGUUGGAGUGCUAGCUGAAACAUUGGGUGGAGAGGAAGAUGCUGAGGCAAUAAUCACGUGGAAAAUUUUGAAGACCCACAAAGGUGCCCAUGUCCUUAGGAAACUGUUCUCUCAGUUCAUCAAAGAGAUUGUUGAAGGAAUGAUAGGAUAUGUUCGCCUUCCUACCAUCAUGUCAAAACUUCUUGCUGAUAAUGGUAGACAGGAAUUUGGAGAUUUUAAAAUUACCAUAUUGGGGAUGCUCGGAACAUAUGGUUUUGAGAGGAGAAUUCUGGAUACUGCCAAGUCCUUGAUUGAGGAUGACACAUUCUAUACCAUGAGUUUACUCAAGAAGGGUGCAUCUCAUGGGUAUGCCCCCCGGAGUCUGCUCUGUUGUAUAUGCAAUUGCCUUCUGACCAAGGAUUCCCCGAGUUUUCGUAUUCGAGUUUUCAGUUGUGGUCAUGCCACUCAUCUUCAAUGUGAACUACUUGGAAGUGACUCGUCAAGUCAAGGUUCCUUGUCUGGAUGCCCUGUUUGCAUGCCCAAGAAGAAUACUCAGAGGCCUAGAAACAAGUCGGUCCUUCCUGAAAAUGGUUUGGUGAACAAGGUUUCGUCAAGAUCCAAACGAGCACAAGGAACUAGCUUUUUACUUCCUCAUGAAGAUUCAUUAGACAAUUCAUAUGGGCUGCACCAAUUAUCACGGUUUGAGAUCUUGACUAAACUUCAGAAAGACCAGAAAUUAGGCCAGAUAGAAAACAUGCCACAGUUGAGGCUUGCCCCACCAGCAGUUUAUCAUGAAAGGGUAAAGAAAGGGCUCGAGGUUUUGACAGGAGAGACUAGCAGUAGCAUUGCAAAAAUUGAAAAAUCGAGCAAGAGAAGGCAACUAAGGGAGCUAAAAGCAAGAGGAUCAUCUAUUCCGUUCCAGUUAAAAUCAAGUCUAUUUGGCAAAGAUAAGGGAAAUAAACAGUGACACAGCUGUUUUGUACAGACUAACAGUGAUGAAUUUUGUUGAUCCGAGCUGCACGGAUCCGAGCUGAUGAAUUUUGUUGAUCCGAGCUGCACGGGUGACCUGAGUGGAGUGUUUUUUGACCCCUCUUAUUAUUUUGUAAUUCAUCAUAUGUAUAAAAUAAAAUUUCUUUUUUUUUUUUUGUUGGUCCAUAUAGUUGUCAUCUUCUCCAAUCGCCGUGUAUAAUAAAUUUUGUAUGAGGCAAUGAUACAGGCAUUUAGGUGAAUUUACAAAUCACUGGAUGAGUAAAUGAACUAUUUUUGCUGGGAAGCUGCUUUCAAUUA